AUGGACAGCAAACCUCACGCCGAGGCGUCGGAUCCGGAGCUCGAGGCGGGCAACGGCAGCGGCGAGAAGACGGCGGCGGCACACGCCGAGUUCCAGACCAAGACGGAGCGGCUGCACGAGUUCCACGAGGGCGAGGGCUACAUCAUCGACGCGGCAGCCCUCGACGGCGGCGGCGCUGGCGCCAAGCUGGCCAGCGACGGCCACACGCGCCUCAUCCCGCAGCCCAGCGACAACCCCCAGGACCCGCUCAACUGGAGCUGGGCCCGCAAGCACACGGUUCUGUUCAUCAUCUCGCUGACGUCGUUCCUGCCCGACUUUGGCAGCGCCACCGGCGCCGUCACGCUGCUGCCGCAGUCUGUCGAGUGGCACAUGACGCCUGACGAGGUCAACCGGUCGCAGGCGGGCAACGUGUUUAUGCUGGGUGCGGGCGGCGUGUUUGUCGUAAUCCUCAGCGCCUAUUUCGGGCGGCUGCCGGUCGUGUUCUGGUUCCUGCUGUGCGCGACGGCGACGGCGGCGUGGUGCGCGGGCGCGACGUCGUUCGAGUCCUUCAUGGGCGCGCGCAUCCUCAACGGCUUCUUCUCGACCGUCACCCAGGCCGGCGGCCUCAUGUUCAUCCAGGACAUGUUCUUCUUCCACGAGCGCGCGCGCAAGAUCAACAUCUGGGCCUCCUUCGUCGUCAUGAGCCCGUACCUCGGCCCGCUGCUCGCCGCCUUCGAGACCGAGACGCAGCCGUGGCCGGUCCCGUUCUGGGUCUACUUUGCGCUCAACGUGCUGGGAUUCGGGCUGGUCGUCGGCUUCCUGCAGGAGACGUACUACGACAGGAGCAUCCCGCCGCCGCCGCGCGGCAGCCGGCUCGCCCGGCUGACGGGUCAUGCCCAGUGGCAGUCGCGCCACCUGCGCAACACGUUCCCCGAGGCCUGCAGGCGCACCGUCCGCGUGCUGCUCAAGCCCGUCAUCCUGGUGUCGUGCGGCUUCUACGUCUUGACAUUUGCGUGGGCCGUGGGCAUCAACACGACGCUGGCCCUGUUCGUCACGCCUCUGUACGACUUUGGGCCGCGGCAGGUGGGUUUCUUUUAUUUCACACCCGUCGUGGCAGUGGCGCUGGGCGAGGCGGUGGGCCACUGGCUGUUCGACGCGCUGGCGCGGCAGUACAUCGGCACGCACAAGGGCCACUUUGAGCCCGAGGUGCGGCUGCGGGCCAUGUUCUUCUCGAUGCCCCUGGUGGUGGUGGGGCUGGUGCUGAUCGGGCAGUGCUUCGCCAACGGGUGGCACUACAUGGCGACGAGCGUGUGCUGGGGCCUGUACGUGUUCGGCAUGAUGAUCACCACCGUGUCGCUUAGCAGCUAUUGUCUCGACAGCUACCCAGAGGCCUCGGGCGAGGUGUCGGCCUGGCUCAACUUUGCCCGCACGCUCGGCGGCUUCAUCAUCUCGUACGAGCAGGUCACAUGGGCCACGGCCCAGGGCACUAAGCUCAGCUUCGGCAUCCAGGCCGCCAUCUGCGCCACCGCCUUUGCGCUCAUCCUCGUCCUGCUGCGCUGGGGCAAGGCCUUGCGGGUGUGGUCCGGCCCUCUCAACUUUGCCACCAGCUAG